GACUCAAAAAAAUAGUUUGGUCUAUCAAUAAACAACAGAAACCUGUCGUUUAGAUGGAUUCAAUUUUUGUCGGAUUUUCAGAUUUUGGGAUUCAGUAUUUUUGGCUAGGCCUAGUGAAGACCACAUUAACUUUGGUCAAAUAAUCGAAACAAACUCCUCCUUACGACCAAAACCAGUGAACCUAGAAAUCAAGCUUUUCAAUUUCAUGCAUACUCGAUUCCGACUUUGCUCAUAUCCGUAUAUAACUCUUGCAUUCCAAACUCGAUCUCCAUCCAAAAUGGCAUCUUCUGGGUUUUGUUCACUGGUUCCAACUGUCACCUCCUUAUUCUCGUCCCACGCGCUUGCACGGUGGCGUUCGAGUUCUAUGUCUCCUCCUCCGCUGCGUAUUUCCCGCGCUUUUUCAGCUGCAACCACUGUUCCAAUAAGCUCCUCCUUCACUUGGGACGACGUAAUCGAGACCGGUCGGGAGGAGUAUACGCCUCACAACUCCUCCGAUCUCACUGGAUUUCUCGAGAAAGUCGAUCGCUGCAAUCGCGGAUCCGAAAAGUUAGCUGAGUUCAUUCCAUUUGUUAUAGAGGAACAAAUCGUUGGUUAUAUUCAUAAAGGAUUUACGGAGUACUUGAGGGAGUUUCAUGAUAUCUUUACAUUUUCACAAAAUGGUUCUUACCAUGAUCGCGUUGAUGGCUUUGUAACGCUUAAUCUGAUGCUUGAAAAGCCUGAAGAUAGAACCAGAGCAGUUGCAGAUGUGAUCAAAGUCUUGGGUGACAAAGGAAUCAUUCCAGGAAUACGUAAUGAGCUUUAUCCUGUGAAACCAUCGUUUAAUGCCCCGGUCAUAUUUUCUCUUGAGCGUGCUGCUGCUCCUUAUUUCGGAAUAAAGGGUUACGGAGUUCACAUGAAUGGGUAUGUAGAAAGAGAUGCACAAAAAUUUCUAUGGAUAGGUAAGAGAAGUCUCUCAAAAUCCACUUAUCCAGGAAUGCUUGAUCAUCUGGUUGCUGGAGGAUUGCCUCACGGGAUUAGCUGCGGUGAGAAUCUUGUAAAGGAAUGCGAAGAGGAAGCUGGGAUUUCCAAAGCCAUUGCUGAUAGGGCAAUAGCUGUUGGUGCUGUUUCAUACAUGGAUAUCGAUCAGUACUGUUUCAAACGUGAUGUGCUUUUUUGUUAUGAUUUGGAACUCCCUCAAGAUUUUGUUCCCAAAAAUCAAGAUGGAGAAGUAGAGAGCUUCAAGUUGAUUCCAGUAGCCCAAGUUGCUAAUGUGAUUCGGAAGAAGACUAGUUUUUUCAAGGCGAACUGUUCCCUUGUCAUUAUUGACUUCUUGUUUCGGCACGGGUUCAUCAGACCAGAAUCAUCGGGUUACUUGCAUCUAUACGGACGCCUGAGGAAUAAAGAUUGCUCAUAAGGAUGCUACUAUCUGAUGGUUGUAAGUAAAAAGCUCACUUUAUGGAUUAAUAUUAGAUACUUUGGCUAUGUAAUAGGUUCAUCCGUGUAUAUAAUAUUCUGCACUUUAUUUUAGAGUCUGCUGAGUCACUUCAGGUGCCUUCAUGAGCAUACACCAAUCAAGCAAGUCCAAAGAAUAAAAUUUAUUUAUACUGAGAGCAAGACAAAUUCACUAGAGUUUCCUGUUCUAUGAUAGACUAUGAGAUUCGAGGAAAAUGCUUCUCUAUUAGUUGUGACUUCUGGUUCCGGAAGCUAAUGAGCUCACAUGGAAAUUGAAGGCUAGUUUAGGGAAUCGGAUGGUUUAGAAGUUAGAAGUUGUUAGUCGGUUUAAACUUUGUGACAACCCCUGUCAAAACAGAACUAUAAAGCUCGAGUAAUGAGCAUCUUGUAACCGUGUGAUUUCGAUUCUGAGCUGAAUUGUUGGGACUAAA